AUGCCGCAGGCGAACGGCAAUCGGCCUCCGAGCGCGCCGCUUCCUCAUCACCCGCAAAUGGCCCCUUACGCGCCUCCUCCGCCGUCAUACAGUGCUCAGCCCUCAGCGGCCCCUGGCCCCUACCAGCCCCCUCCACAAAUGUCAUACGCGGCUGGACUCUCGGGUCCGCCUCAAGCUGCUGGGAUAAGCAAAGACUCUCUGGGACAAGAUAUCCAGAAGUUGAUUGAUGCGUCGAAGUUGGAGUUUGCGCAAAACCCACAUGAUCAUAGUAUUCAACAAAGACUGAAGGCAUUGUUGGAUGUGCAGAGCUUGCUACAACACCAGAACUUGCCCCAGGACCAGUUGAUCCUGAUUAAGAAUCAAGUAGCCGAUCUUGCUGUAAAAGUGAGGCCGUUCUCGGCCCAGAGCUCAACCCCUGCUGCUACACCCGUCCCCUCUCAUCCACCGCCGCCUCCUGCGGCGCCUGUAGUUACGUCCGGGCCACCACAGCAGCAAGGUGCAGUGACGCUUGAUGCACUCCUCGGCCAAGGAGCUCUUGCUGCGUUGUUGUCGAGACAGUCAGCUACACCACAGGCUGCUACACCACCGCCUCCCCUGACCAACAUGGCGAUCCGGUCUCCUCCGCCGCAAAAGGUUGAGCCGUAUCGGCAGCCCAGUGCGACGCCGUCAGCGGAUCCCAUGGCUUUGCUGGCCGGCUUGCGACAAGCUGGACUGCUUCCUGGACCAGCCCCGAACGCAACGCCAACACCGGCACCUCCUCUGGGACCAGUACCACCUCCCGGAAUGCCCAUGCUGCCUCACGGCUUGCUGCCCCCUAACCUUGCAAGCUUGCUGGCAUCGGGUCAACUGCCGCCGCGUCCUCCGCUGGGGGGCAUGAACGGCAACCAACUUGAUGCCACAGCCCUCAAACAGCAGUUCCAGCCACACCUGAUUCCCUCCAUGUUUGAACAACUGGGUCCCCAGUGUACUCAGUGCGGCCGACGGUUCAAAACGGACGAGGAAGGCAGAAAGAAGAAGAUGGCACACAUGGAUUGGCAUUUCAAGGCUCACCAACGUCUUGCGGAAGCAGAAAAGAGAGGCCAGCACCGCAGCUGGUAUGUCGACAGCAAUGACUGGCUCAAAUCGCGAGAAGCCAUCGACGUCGACCAUGCCCAAUCAGCGGACAGCUCAUCAUCCAGUCCCGGUCGGGCGAAGAAGGAGGCCAAGCCUCGGUACAUCCCGGUGCCGGACGCCUCAAGCGGCAUCAACAGCGUUUGUCCCAUCUGCCAGGAGAAGUUCGAGAAUAAGUGGUUGGAUACUGCCCAAGAGUGGGUUUGGUUGGACACUACGCUGGUCGGCAACCGAGCAUAUCAUUACAGCUGUCACUCGGAAGCGACACAGGCCAGGGAGAGCACACCUGUAUACUCGAGGGGAACGCCCGAGCCGGUGCUGGGCAAGCGCAAAGCAGAGGUGAGUUGA